CUGCGCAUGCGGGUUGGCGUCCCGGGAUUCCAAGCCCAGGCUGCGAGUUAGCUGGGCCAGGUUUGUUGAGUGAGCUUCUGCAGAGCUCGAGGGCGAACCUGCGUGCUUCUUCACCAACGCGGCCCUGGACUCAGCGGCCAGCACUUAGGCCCUUCUGGCACACAUCAUCAGAGACUCUUAAGGGUCUGGGCAUCGUAGUAACUGAUGUAGCGGCUGCGACCAGCACGCAAAUUUGUGGAGCAGGACACUUCAUUUCCCCAGUGGUGCAUCUAUCUGUUCGCAGGAUUGGCCUCCCCAGCCUAGGUGGGAAACAGAGCAUUCAGUUAGGCAAGGGGUCUUCCCUGUCGAGGCUCCGGAAGCAGCAGCAGCGACCGGGUCACCCCUGCAGCUAGCUCUGUAGAGGCUCAGUCCUCCCUCCCAGUCGUUGCCUGAUCACACUCCUGGACUGCAGUCCCACAAUGAGUGACAGCUAUCUAGAACAAAGGUUUGGUAUCAAUUUUUUCGUGAGGUUGAACAAGAUUGCAGAGUAUGAAAAAGUCGUGUCCAGGGCCAGAGUGUUUGACUGUCAAAAAAAAAAAAAAAGAAAAGAAAAAAGGUUUAAAGAAGGGCGGGAAACUGUUCAGGGAGAUGUCAGAUGCUGUCAGCCUAGACAGAUGCAAAUACCCAACAGGCAGCUAGCGAUGAGGAUGCUGGUAGAAGAGUUACAUUUAGAUAAGGAGACCGUGAAAGGAAGUGAGUUCAGGGAAUUUGAAGGAGUUUAGACUGAAAGUUUUGACUUUGGGGCUGAUCUUUCCAAGGCUGCUAGGAGGAAUAGCUUGUGUGUGCAGAAGAAGGCACCAGGUUCAGAGACAUGGAGUCGGCUGCAAUGUGAAGCUUCUGGGGACAUGGCUCUGCCCAGACCCCACCUCAGAACCCAUCCUCCUGCCUGCCCUCUUAUGUGGGCUUCUUCUGCACCAGUCUGCCCCCCCCCCCCAGGAUUGCCCAGGAUAUCUGCCCUCCCUGGUGAAGCCUCAUUGUUGUGCAGCUGCGAAUGGCUGCUGUUGUCAUCUUCCCUGCUGUCCUCUGCAACUUUGAAGAACACUUGACACUGUGGACUUCUGCUAACUGCUUGUUGUUGAUUUCUUUCAUAAAAAAUUGGAGUUGCUUCCUUAGUUUGUUGUGGCCAACCUAUUCUCUUCCCAGACACUGCCUCAGGGGACCGUGACCAGUGAGAGAUGGGGACUGAAUUUCCUGCAGUCCAUACUCUUCUGGGAGAACCCAGAAAGGUGGACUGCAGUUCCAAGCCUGAUCCUCAGUCAGGGCCUGAAGUGUGUGGAAUGGAGGGCACUGUCGUGCUGACUCCAGCAAAGUUAAGGGUAGGUUUCCAACAAAGAGGACUCAGUGGAACCUGGGGAUUUGUCCUGGAAACUGAAGCCUACCUUUCUUAGAAGCACUGUUUUUAUUUAUCAAACACACUACCAUGUGGAAUUGGCAUGCAGGUGCAGACUCUGCACUAAGUCAGGUGUAGAGUGUCCUCUCAUCAGCUUCCCUCAUAUCACAAUCUUGAGACCUGGACCCAUAGGCUGGAGGACCAAAGGGGAUAUCCAAUGGGUGGGGGGGAGUAGGGGGGAGCAAAGCACAGGUAGUGUGUUUUCAGUAUCUUUUUUUUUAACUUUUUACAAGAAUAUUGUUUAUUUAUUUUGGGUAGUGACAGAAAUAUCGAGUAGGAAAGGGAGAUAGAGAGGGAGUGAGAGAAACACCUGCAGCACUGCUUCACCACUUGUGAAGCUUUCCCCAAUAGGUGGUGUCUGGGGGCAUGAACCAGGGUCCUUGAGUAUGUAAUGUGUAUGUUUAACCAGGCACACCACCACCCGGCCCCCUGUUUUCAUUAUCUAAUGCCAACAUGGUCAGGUGUUUUGGUUUUUGUUUGUUUGUUUUUGGAGCAUCUACAGUUUUUUAAAAAAUAAUUUGUUGUUUUUUAAAUUAUUUAUUUAUUAUUGGAUAGAGAGAGAGAGAAAUUGAGAAGCAAGAGGGAGAUAGAGAAGGAAAGAGACAGAGAUACCUCCACUAUUAUUUCAAAUUCUUUUACCUCUUCCUGCCUCUCUGCCAGGAUUUGUGUUUGUUUGUUUGAUUUUUUUUUUUUUUUACCAGAACACUGAUCAGCUCUGGCUUAUGGUGGUGGGGUGGAUGAGUGGGAGAUAGAAUUUGGGACUGCGGAGCCUCAGGCAUGAGAGUCUCUUUGCACAACCAUUAUGCUCUCUCCCCCUCCAAUUGCCAGGGUUUAUGGAAUGCACCUUUUCCCAAGUGGAUUCCAAAUAAUGCCAGAGACUAGAAACAUCUCAGAUUUCCUUGUAGAAGUGUCAGAGAGUGAGGCUGAGGGAUAGAUAGUAAGAGCAUUUUCCAGGAUUGGCCAGUAUCUGUGACUUGCCAAAAAAACUUGUUAUACAUAACAGCUUCAAGCCCCCGGCUCCCCACCUGAAGGGGGUCGCUUCACAGGCAGUGAAGUAGGUCUGCCUGUGUCUGUCUUUCUCUCCCCCCCCAUAUUCCCCUCCUCUUUCCAUUUCUCUCUGUCCUAUCCAACAACAAUGACAUCAAUAAUAACUACAAUAAUAAAACAACAAGGACAACAAAAGGGAAUAAAUAAAUGAAAAAUAAACUGUUGGUUGCCAGUAGAUACCAACUCUCAUUUAUUCAACCCAAUUGCUUUUACUUCUUUUCUUUCACAAUACACUCCUUCAAAAAUAUGACAAAUUCCCUCCUAGAGGCUAGGAAUCUAUACCUUAUCCCAUGAAUAUGAGGAGGUACUGUGCAGUGGGCUGCGGGAGGUGAUUGAACACAUGCCUUGCAUGCAUGACACUCUUGGUUCCAUCUCCAGCACCACAUAAAAAAAAAAGACAAAAAGCAAAUAGAACACUGAAUAUGGCCACAUGCUGGUUAUGCAAAGAGACUUUCAUGCCUGAGGCUCCAGGGUCCCAGAUUCAAUCCCUGGUAUCUCCAUAAGCCAGAAGUGAGCAGGAUUCUGGUGUCUCUCCCUCUUUAUGUAUCUCUCUCAUUAAAACAAUAAAUACAAUGUUUUUUAAAAAUGGCCACAGUGGUGUUCUAGUGUCUCACACAUACACAAUCAGUCAUGCAUUGUGCAAGAAAAAGCUUAAACCACACAAGAGUUCAUAAAUUUCUACCUACUUUGCAAUUCUUAGACACUCCAUUUUUUGGCCCUUUAUGUCUUUCUUUCUACAUUAGAUGGGGUCCUGGGUUCUCCUUAUUAGCACUUCUGUACAAGCCCACUCACUUCUGGA